AUGAACUUCCUUCCCCUGUACAGGUCGCUGUUGAAGCGAAUUCACGCCGCCCAACGCCAUCCGCACCACCUGCAGGAUAUCCGCUUCAUCCUUUCCUACCCACCUGUGGACACCAGCUCCUCCACGCUCACCAACUCUCGCGGGAGCUGCGACUGCAACCUGCAGCGGCGGCGGCAGCACACGGGCCCGUCGCGCGUUGUUCGGGUCUGCUGUGAGGACCUCCGUCGUGCGCUGCUGUCAUCCACAGGCGCCACUGACGCUCCCUCGACGCCCCCCGCUUUGCCUCCCGUUGCGCAGCGGUUUAUUCACCUCCGUGAGUUGGCGUGGCUCAAGACGAGGCUGGAGAAGAUUUCCAGUGAGACAACGCAAAGAAUAUUGCGGGAGGCAGAAAGAGUGGCAUCUGAGCUCAACGAAGAUGACUUCCUCGACGAUGCCGUUUUCGCUGCGAAGGACCCCGCCACAGCUGGAGACACGGACGAUGCGUCGAGGCCUCACAGUGACGCGGAAGGCGACGUGGGGGCCACCGGUGUGGCCUCAGCUGGGGAGCUCGGACCCAGACGGGAGAUGUUUGUUUUGCGACAUCUCGCCCCCUUCCCCCUGGCAAAAAACUACUUAAGUUCCUUUAAAAUGGAUCCUUGUGCCAUUGCGGCUGCGGCUGCGAGCAAUGAGCAGCUGAUAAAUUUCGUGCGGCGCCACGUUCCGCGUCGUGUCGAGUGCCGCAACGCGGAUCUCGCCCUCACGGUGUCGGUGCGCCCGUUUGAUGCAGCUCUGCAGGGGAGGCCCGUGGCGACGGGGUCUCCCUUCUCCCAGGCCUCCCGUUGCUUCAUGUUGCAGUUUGGCUUGCAGCCGCACGAUCCCACGGCCCGAAUAGAGGUGGUAAGCUCUUAUUUUCUGCGGCUUGAUGUCGCGUCCUCUGAGCUCCUUGAGGACGUCGGCUACGUGCAUGCGGCCCACGUGUGGAAGCUGGCCCAGGAGCCGUUUAGAGGAGGUGGAGAAUGCCGCGGCGACACGGAGAACAGCGACGGUGCGGCUGCCGCUGAGGAGGAGGAUCACCGUCAGAGUCCAGAUGAGGCGGAGAACGAAGAGGCAUCGCCGCGGUUUGAGUUGAGCUUUGUAAACCCCACUGAUAAUCCGAUGGUGAUGAAGGGGCAGUUGUACUACGUCUUGCGCACCGACGGCGACAAAACACCCGCGUGUGAGCUUCCCGUGCGUGUCAUCUCCUUUGGGCAUCUUCUCAUGUUUAACGGCAACGAAUGA